CAUCAGAAAAUAAAACAUCCCUUCUUUCUCUUCCUCUUUCACUCUCUCUUCUCCCUUCGUCUUUCUCUCUCAAACCCAGAUCUGGGUUUUUCUCAAACCCAAACCCAGAUCUGGGUUUUUCUCAAUCUAGUGAAAAUUCAUACAUUAGAAUGAAAAAUACAAGUAAUAAACACCAUACACCAUACAUUUUUUUCACAAACAACACACACAAAUUCAUGAUGAAGCAAGCUUCGCAUUGGCUCAGUUUGUGCCAAACCCCUGCACAUGGCUCCGGACGCCUCAAACUCGGUACUUGUUCCUCUUGCUCUGCUCUCCUAUCCUCUUCCCUUUCCUCUACGCAACAUUUCCUCUACUCUGUGCCAUGGAGUUCUGCUUCUGGGUUUGUCGCGAGAGGAUGAGAAGGAAAGCGGUUGCACGGCAGUCAACAGAAAAGGAGCGGCGAAGGGAUGUGAGGAGGGGUGUGGGUGAAAUAAUGAAAGGGAAGAAAGUGAGGGUUGCUGCAACGGUACUUGGAGGAUCAAUUGAUGUCACUUUCUCUCUCUCAAACCCAGAUCUGGGAGGACAGCCACACAAAAAAAAAAAAAAAUCUUCUUUUUGC